AUGAAACGAAAGCAGCAGCAAGACGACGACGCAGUAGACUCUUGUGCCAGUAGUAGCUCCUCCAACUCCAUGAAUACUGCUGACUUGGUUUUGCAGUCACCUUCCUAUCUGUCACAGAAACAGGACUACAUCUUCCAUGGAGGGAGGCGCCAUGUGAGACCCUACUACUUCGAGUUUAUAUCUCAUGUGAAUAAACGCUGGGCGGGGAAAACAAUUCUUGAUUUGUUCGCCGAUGAAUUCAAAGGCCGACCUCGUGAAUAUUAUCUUGGUGCAAUCAAAUGUGGUAGAAUUAGAGUUGAUGGAGAAAUUGUACCCGUUUCAUACGUUGUGAGAUCAUCCCAAAAGAUCACCCAUUUCCUCCACAGGCAUGAACCACCGGUGAUGACUGACGAUGUCAUGAUCCUUGUGAAAGAACCCGACGUAGUUACUGUCUGCAAACCAGCUUCCAUUCCUGUGCAUCCAUGUGGUCAAUACCGUAAGAACACGGUUGUUGGAAUCCUUGAGGCUGAGCAUGACAUGGGCCCUCUAUUUCCUAUUCACCGAUUAGACCGUUUAGUUUCUGGAUUGCUCAUCAUAGCAAGAAAUGCUGCAAAAGCUGAUUUUUUCAGGCAGCAGAUUGAGGGUGGAAUGGUGAAGAAGCGUUAUAUUGCAAAGGUUAUUGGGGUGUUCCCAGAAGAUGAGAAAAUAGUUGAAGCCAACAUAAAUUAUAAUGGCAGCGAAGGAAGAAGCACGGCAGAGGACGCUAAAUCUAGUGGUGAUGAUAAGAAGGUGAAGGGGAAGCCUGCGUGUACCAAGUUCACUAGAAUCGAUACAAAUGGGACUCAUAGCCUCGUCUUGUGUGAACCAGUGACAGGGCGAACUCAUCAAAUUCGAGUGCAUCUACAAUAUACUGGACAUCCCAUAGCAAAUGACCCACUUUAUCUUAAUCAACACAUGGAUAAUCUUGAGACCUUGAUUGCAAAAAGAAUUGAUGCGGGUGAGAAAAAGAUGGUCUCCCCAGAUGACUACGUGUAUUCCAGUGAAGAUUUCAGCAUCGAUCCAAUGUGCACGAACUGCCCAAAGUUGAUCCCACAAGGGUACGAGGAGCAUGACGAGGCUCUUUGGUUACAUUGCGUUCGAUACUCUGGAACGGGCUGGGAAUACGAGUGUCCUUAUCCAUCUUGGGCAUCCCUUUAA